AUGACGCUGAUACAUGAUUUACUAAACAAAGGCUAUAGCUUAACGCUAGACAACUUUUAUACUUCACUUGAACUUUCGGAAUUACUUAUCGCGGGAAAAACAGAUAUAUGUGGCACUUUGCGUGCAAAUAGGAAAGGUCUUCCUCAAGAACUGAAAUCAGAAAGAUUGAAGAAGGGCGAAAUUAUGGCCUUUCAGAAAGGCAAAAUAUGCGUUCUGAAAUGGCAAGACAAAAAACCCAUUUCAUUUUUAAGUACCUACCAUGGUACAGAUUUCGAAACUCUUUCGAAAAAUGAUAAACUCAUACGAAAACCUACUGCUAUAAUUGACUACAAUAAAAAAAUGGGAGGAGUGGAUAAAGCUGACCAGUGUCUAGCGUAUUAUCCAGUCAUAAGAAACCAACAACGAAAGUAUUAUAAAAAGAUUUUUCGGCAUCUCUUAGAUCAAGCCGUAUGGAAUGCUUUCGUCAUUUAUACGAAGUGUGGAGGCCUUAACAGGCAUCUUGAAUUUAGACUGAGACUGAUAGAGAGAUUAAUUGAAGAGCAUUUAACACAGUUAUUUUAUCGCACCCAUGACACAUCACAUCCAAUAUGGGCAUAG